GAAUAACCAAUCUAACUUAGAUUCAUCAACUGGUGAUACAAAUAUAAUACAGAAAACAGAUACCAACUCAAUAGCGUAUUCCCCUCCUGGAAUAUCAACAAUUACACACUUAAACAAUUCAACAGGAUAUAGUUAG